AUGGAUAUCAUCUGCUUCCGUUUGCUUUCGGUGUUGCUACUGCAAUGUUUAAUGGUUAGCUUGACCGUGAUUGGGAGUAAUCUCACCACUGAUCAGUUUGCACUUCUCAGUUUCAAAGACCAUAUCCUUGAUCCUCACAGUUUCUUGUCCAGUAAUUGGUCCACCAAUACCUCAGUCUGCCAGUGGAUUGGUGUUUCAUGCACUGUCCGCCAUGGAAGAGUCUCUGUCUUGGAUCUUUCAGACAUGGGUCUUAAUGGAACUAUCGAUCCAAACAUAGGAAAUCUCUCUUUCCUAGUCUCACUUAACUUGAGCGGCAACAAUUUCCAUGGCAAUCUACCCAAAGAAUUGGUCAAUUUGCGUCGCUUGAAACUUAUUGAUUUGAGUUACAAUACUUUCAAUGGGGAGAUUCCUUUAUGGUUUGGAGCUUUAGAUAAAGUUGAAUACUUGGUUCUCAGUAACAAUAACUUCACAGGUACAAUUCCUAAAACUCUUGCCAACAUGUCGAACCUGGAGACCUUGGACUUGGGUAGCAAUUUGAUCCAUGGAAACAUUCCGUAUGAGAUUGGUGAUCUUCAAAAGCUGAAGAUAUUUUUCGUUCAAUUCAACCAACUGUUUGGCCCCGUACCUUCAAGCAUCUUCAACUUGUCUUCGUUGCAGUCGAUUUCUUUGUCAUAUAAUACAUUAUCUGGUAGUUUACCAGAUGAUAUGUGUUAUCAUCUCCCUGAGCUGGAGGAGUUUAUAUUGACUGCGACGAUUGGAAUUUCUGGCUUUAUUCCAUCAAGUAUAGGUGAAUGCAGCGAGCUUCAAGUUUUUACUUUGUACAAAAAUCGAUUCAGUGGGAUCAUUCCAAGAAGUGUUGGGAAUUUAACUAGACUUAAAGGACUAUAUUUGGGUGAAAAUAAUUUGGAAGGUGAAAUCCCUUUGGAAAUCGGUAAUCUUCGUGUCUUGGAGAUUUUUGUAGCAAACAAUAUGAGACUCAAUGGCUCAAUUCCGGCUUCUAUCUUCAACAUUUCUUCUCUCAAAGAACUUUAUCUCUACAACAAUAGUCUAUCAGAUUCAUCAAUUGCUCUUCUUCCCAUUCAAAAAGCUGUCUUCUCAAUAGGAUAUUCCAUUCUCCUAAGUUGUGAUUAA